CUAAAUAUCAAAUUGUUUAAAUGGGUGUAAGUAUUUUAUCGUUCAUAUUUAAUGUUUUCCUUUGGGAAGGAAAACUAAGAUCGAAAUUACUUUGUCCUAAAGAAAUGACCUUACUUCACCGGUAAAGCAAAAUUCCUAAGCAAUGGCAACACUAACUACAAUCCCAAGAAUAAAUUAGACUUGACAAUUCAUCAUAAAUUGUUUUGUUUACGGUUGGCCGUGUCAGUUGUGUCUGCUUGUGUCUACCAUUUUCUUGGAUAAAACAUGCCGCUAACAGCUGAAGCGGCAGCACAACAAGUGCAGGAACGCUUAAAGGACCUUCAAGGGCUGAUUCAUGACAUUGAAGACGAACGCAAAAAGAACGAAGCCAACCUGGGCAGCAUUAUUCGAGCUCAGGAGAAACUCAUCCACGAUGAUCGCAACGCUCUUCCCCAACACAAAAUGAAAGCUUUAUACAAGGCCGGACUGCAGGAUGCAGCCGAGGAGGAAGCACUGAUCCGGCAAGCAUUGGGUAAGAUCCAGGAGAUCCGGAACAUAAGAAACGAACGCCGCAUGCAAGCCCGUAAUGCCGGAAACAAGGAGACCAUCCGUCGGGGCGCUCUCAUGAAUAUGUUCCAAAUCACAGCGCAAACUUUGCCCUUGUUCGUAAGCAAACCAGGCGAAAAAGUCCCUCCACUUUGCGGUGCAAUUCCAGCCGAAAGUAAUUAUAUUGCGAAACCUGGCGACAUGGUGGCAGCUUUGGUAAAAGGCAUCGAAGUUCCAGAGAAUUGGAUCCUUGCAGAAGUUGUACAAUUUCUCAGCGGGCAAAACAAGUACGAGGUGGACGAUAUCGACGAGGAAGAAAAAGAACGUCAUAUACUAAGUAAAAGGAAGAUUAUUCCAUUGCCGCUGAUGCGAGUGAACCCCGAGACAGACGGCCAUGCCCUUUUCCCCAAAGGCACUAUGGUUCUGGCAUUGUAUCCGCAGACGACUUGUUUCUACAAAGCUCUAGUGAAUCAGACGCCACAAACGGCAAGUGAGGACUACGAGCUUCUCUUUGAGGAUGGUAACUACGACGAAGGCUACUCACCUCCGCUUCAGGUGGCCCAACGUUAUGUUAUCGCUUACAAACCGACGAAGAAAUCAGGCGGUCUUUCAUCCACUUGACAGCAGUAUUCUUCGGAUAACUCCAUUGAGGAUUGUUGAGCUGAACACGAAACGAUUAUUGAUUACGAUAUGCUCGUUAAAUUUAAAUUGCAAUAAAAAUGGAAAGAAAAUAAA